CGCCAAACGUACUAUUUUAUUUAUGAAGAGAUAUAUGAUUAAGAAUGGCAGAGCGAUUUUGAAAUGAUUUUUUAAAUAAAUUAAUAAAACGGAAAAAAAAAAGAAAGAAAAAUAAUAAGAAAAAUGAGUAAUUUUCAAUCUCCUAUGCGAUGUAUUUCUCCUAAUGCGAGAAUUCUGAGUGCCAAACCUCAAGUUGAACAAACGCUCAAUAUAAAACAAGCACAAAAUAAAGCAAGAAAUAGUAUUACAUGGUUUUUUGUCAAUAGUUCUUUACUUGGAAUUCUCGUUUUUGAUAUAUUAUAUGGAGGUGCAGCAUAUAAACCAUUUUGUUGGGCUGAAUGGUGUUUGGCCUCAAUAUUUGCAUUAAAUGCUCUAUAUCAUAUCACAAGAUAUGCAUGGUCAAACUUUUCUUUACAACCAAUUUUAUUGAGUCCUAAACAAAGACGACUAUUGGGUGUAUCAGAAGAUGAUCCUUUUUUUAAGAAUGAAUUACCAUUAUCUCAAAAAAUAUCUGAACCAAUAAUUCCAUUAAAUUUAUCAUGUAUAAGUCUUAACAAAAGAAUGGUCCCACUUAGUUCUACAGGAUUAAGUGAAUCUAAGGAUUUUUCACCAUCAAAUCAAUUUUUUAAAUAUGAUAGUCCUACAUCUCAAAAAUCAGCUUCUAGUCCUAAUGGAUCUUUUAAUAAGCCUUUUAAUAUUUCAACAAAUGGAAAUUUAACUAAUGAGGAUUUAAUUCAAAAUGAGAAGGAAUUAAAAAAUUACUUGGAAAAAGCACGUCAAAAAAAAAAUAUUCUAUCUAUAGACAUUGAUCAACCUUCUAAUUUACUUAGUUCAUUUUGGUCGCAUCCAGCAAUUAGAAGUCCUGGAGAAGUUUCUCCAUUAUUGAGAAGAUGUGCAUACCAAGUAGCACCAAUUAUAGAUAAAUCAAAAUCAGUUAGUCCAGGUGCUGAAGAAGGAAAUUCACCUAGAGGUAUAUUCGGUGCAUCAAAUGUUUGGAGGAAAUAUAGAAUUGAUUCAAUUAAAGUAAAUGAAUGGACAGCCAAUCUUCGCAUGUGGAUUAGCAAAACAGUUAUUGAACGAGUAGCAACUGAAAUUGAUAAUGUUUGUUUAGCAUUAAUUCGUCAUGGUUUAAGUGAUUCUCAACCAGGAUAUGUGGGAUUACAUAGAUUGAGAAAACUUGCACAAGCACCAUUCUUAGUAUCUGCUAUUCCUACUUUACCAACUUUAGUACCUUUUUUAGAAUUGUCUAAUAAUCAAGAAUACUUAAUUAAGAGAAUUAAAAUUCUUGCUAAAGGAGGAUCAAUGAGCGAAUUUAAAUGGAAUGGUGGAGGACCUCAUAAUGGCAAAGAAUGGGAUUCUAGUUUACCAACUGAUUCUGUGAUAAUUAUGCACUUAGUUUCAACAUACAUGGAUACGCAAUUAGAAGCUCCUUUAGAUCAACCUGAUGCACGACCAUUUACAUCAAGAUAUAUGGCUAGGUCAGGAAUGGCUUUACCACGUAGUAAGGGACCUAUCGUAGUAUGUCAAUCUAUAAAUCCACCACAUUAUAAUUUGGCACAUUCUGGGGAUUCAUCACCUAGCGAUUAUGAAGAAAUACAACGUGGUAGGAACAAUUUAUUUCAUACAUUUCUAUUAUUUUUAUACAUCGUUAAAACAAGAGAUCAUGGUAUGCUAGGUCGUGUAAAUUUAGGUACAUCAGGUAUAAACGUUUUAUGGGUAAUCGAUAAUUGAAUAUUUGAUAUUCAGCAAAUAAUAAUAUCAUAUAUAUAACAAAUAUUUGAUGAUGUAAUAUUUAUUUUUUUUUUCACUUGCAUUUUUAUUAUUAAUAAUUUGUUUCUUGAUAUGUAUUCUUCAUGUGUGAAAUUAUAUUCAGUGUUUUUUGUA